UACGAAAUGAAUUGUAUACAGUAUAUCUCGUUUACAAGUUAUUGGAUAGUUGGUGGUUGACCGAGGACGGGCUUGUGUAUUGUAAAAUCAGACGAAGAUUUGCUAGUUGAUGUUUUAAAAAAAUGCGUAUUGAGAAGAUUGGAAGAACCAUGUCUACGAGAUCGAAGGAGAAGGUGGUAGCUGCCUUUCGGAAAUUCUUUCGAUCCUCGGAGAAGAUAUCGGAACAAGAUGGAGCUGGCAGUUCGACCAGUUCUCCCUCGAGAAGGCUUCUAAGUAGACAUCAUCGUCCGGAUGCGGUUACUCCAACUGAUGCCUCCUCGUUGUCUGAUAACCCCAGUGCUAGCAACUCUAAUCAUGGAAAUUGUUUUUUUAAGUCAAAAAAGUCUGCUGGUAAUCCAACGCAGGGAACAGUUGCGAUGCCAGAUAAAAGAGUCCGUCUGCGUCGUUUAAUGAAGGAAUUGAGCGAAAUUCAAAGGACGCAACAUCGGCUCGAAUCAACCUUCACCGCGGAGCUGGUGAACGACAAUUUAUUCGAGUGGCACGUGAGACUACACAAAAUCGAUCCAGAGAGUGAACUAGCUGCCGACAUGAGAGAGCUUAACAUACCUUACAUACUUCUGCACGUGGUGUUUCCGGAGAAUUUCCCGUUCGCGCCACCUUUCAUGCGCGUUAUUUCGCCAAGAAUCGAAAAAGGUUUUGUUAUGGAAGGCGGCGCAAUCUGUAUGGAGCUUCUCACGCCUAGAGGAUGGGCCAGUGCAUACACGAUCGAGGCUGUCAUCACGCAGUUUGCAGCCAGUAUUGUCAAAGGCCAGGGCCGUGUAGCAAGAAAACCAAAAACCAACAAAGAAUUCAAUAGACGUUCUGCCGAAGAAUCCUUCAGAAGUUUAGUAAAAACGCAUGAGAAGUAUGGUUGGGUCACACCCCCGCUCGCAGAGGGAUAACUCUCCAAGCUGGUUGAAAAACAAAGGACUUUAUUGUUAUUUGAGAUGUUGCGCUCUGCAGACUUCAAAUGUGAUUUUGGUCGGUAUAAUUUCUUCUCCAGGCAACACUGUAACUGCAUUACAAUUGCAUUAAACGAUGCUUUUGUAAAUAAUAAAUAAUACUUGGGAAAGGAAGAAAGAAAUCAAGGAUCAGUUGGAAUAAUAAUAAUAAUAAUAAUAAUAAUAAUAAUAAUAAUAAUAAUAAUAAGAAGAAGAAGAAGAAGAAGAAAAAGAAGAAAACUCGAGAUAUAAUUAUAAUAACAUUAAUAGUAUAUUUUGCAAUUCCAUAAUGAAUGGAUUCUCAUAAAAUUGAUAUGAUACGAACAUAAUGACAAAUAUUUUAUAACUCUUACGUAGUUUAAACAUAUCUGUAAAUUCCUUUCUCAAUUUGUUAUCAAAAAAUGUCUUUCAUCCAACGAGUUCGUUCUAUUAAUACUAUAGCGACCGAUUAUUUUUAAGAGCAACGUUCAGCACGAACGUUGCCGCUCAUUUAGUAUUAAAAUAUAAGGAUAAGAAUUAGUAGUGUAAAAAAAAGAGCUUUUAUUACAACAAAUAAUCGAGUAAUUUAUGUUAUUACAUAAAGCCAACGUUAAAUAAGAUUGAUAAAUGUGAAAGAUUUAAAAAUUAAUACAUUAAUAUAAUAUUUGUAAUAAUAACAACAUUUUUAAGCACAGAAAUUAAAAUGUAGUCUGUUGAUUUGUUAUUUCGAUUUUUAUUUUAUUUGAUGUAUAAUGCUACAAACAUAUGCAUCUUACAAUACAAUUUCCAACAUUUUGAAGUCGAGAUUAUUCUAUGUACGUAUAUAGAUACAUUCUGUAAUAAUUGUAAAUCAAUGGAAAUAUAUAUACAUGUAUAUUGUUGUAUUUA